UGCGCGCCUUCAUCCGCCCCGCCCGCCACAAAAUGGCGGCCGCACGCUGAGGCGCUGCUCGAGCCCGUGUUCCCAUUGGCUGGUUCAGAACACCUGACCCACAUGCCGGGCGCUGAUUGGCCAGUGCCCUGAGGCAGGCUUGCAUGGCGGGGAGACGAGGAACCGCGAAGUUGCUGCCCUGAGGACUCUGCCAAGAUGGCGGCCGCGGGGCCGCCGCUGACAUGGGAUAUCUCACCAAAAAAUGGCCAAGAAGUAUUUUUCUCCCAUGAACUUUAUGAAAAAUAUUCCUUGUCUCCGAGCCUCUCUGAACUGUGGCAUUUAUCAAACAGAGAGGCAAAGAAAAAUGCGGAGGCAUUGGCAAACUCUUCAGAAAACAGGCAGACUUGCAGCGUGCAGGCUGCAGAGUCACUUGAGGUGCAGGCUCAAAGCCCAGCUGAGGCCCAUCCUCUUCCAGAACCCAGGCUCCCCUACCCAUUCACCUCUUGUCUGACUGAGAAGGAGCAGAAAACAUACUUGUAUCUGAUGACUAAGUUCUCAAAAAAAAGAAAUCAUUUCCAAGUUACUGCAGCAAGUCAAAGGGAAUUUUUCACGUAUAUGCAAAUGAAAGAAGUAGUAAGCAAUGAAAUUGCAGAGUUUAUGAAGUUUGCCCAGAACGCUGCAAAGAGCUGUGCCCAGGAUUACGAUGCCAUCUCGGAAGAUGCCCGGCGUUACACUGAGGAAUUGCUACAUGCGUGUAUUGGACAGGUGCAGAAGUAUCCAGAGUUUUACACCCUGCAGGAGAUCAUGAGUAUCAUGGGAGGAAAGUUUCAUACACAGCUGACCUUUAAGCUGGAAAAAAAUCUUCUUGCAAUGGGUACAGCAAGACGUGGUAAUACAGAUUUCCCUUCCAUGCCUGUUCAGCUGCCCACAGAUUAUAGCACUGUUACAUCUAUUAUAACCCCAGAAAAGAAGGCUCAUGUUCUGCAUAAUGACAUUAGUUCAGAUUCAAAUGCAGAAAAACUUGCUUUGAAAUACUGUCCUCAAGUUGUUUUAAGUAGUCAAGCGUUAUUUACUUUACUGAAUAAUCAUGGAUUAAACUACAAGGAGCAGUGGGAGAUUCCAGUCUGUGUUAAAAUGAUCCCUGUUGCAGGUAGCAAACCAGCUAAAAUCGUUUAUGUUGAUCCACCUCUGCUGAGAAAAGAAAUGACAGUAAGAGAGAGGAAUCAAAUCUUCCAUGAAAUUCCAAUGGAUUUUCUGGCAACUAAAACCUCUUACGUUUCAAUUUCUGAUAUAUCAAUGGACAAACCAGCUGAGGACAGCCUGCUUCAGUGGGAUGUGUGUUCUGGUACCUACCAGUGCAGGACAGUUCCUCCCCCAGAUGACACAGGGAUGGACUUCGAUGGUGAUGUUACAGAGCUUGAAACUUUUGGAGCAACUACCAAGCGCUCAAGAGCUUGUAAAAUGGAAAGUACUUGUGCUGCAGCUGAUAACACUGCUAAAAUUUUAUCUCAUGGCCCCAAAAUGGGGGGGAAUAAUUCAUCUGCCAUAAACAAUGGAGAUGAAGAGGAGAAAAACACCCUUUCUGAGCAAGAAGGUUCAGCAUGUGCCAGCAUGCAGCUUCCAUCAUCAGAUGGCAUCCCAUGCUUCAGCCCUCAAGAACAUUCUCCUGAAAGCUCUCAGUCAGUGGAGGCAGGACUGAGCAGAGCACAGGACAAUGAAACAAAUCCUCUCCCUGUGGCAGGGAGUUCUGAGAAAGAGCCUGAUGCUGGACAAGUUAUCAUGACCAAGGAGGUGUUGGACAAUGAAACAAAUCCUCUCCCUGUUGCAGGGAGUUCUGAGAAAGAACCUGAUGCUGCACAGGUUAUCAUGACCAAGGAGGUGUUGGACAAUGAAACAAAUCCUCUCCCUGCUGCAGGGAGUUCUGAGAAAGAGCCUGAUGCUGGACAAGUUAUCAUGACCAAGGAAGUGUUGGACAAUGAAACAAAUCCUCUCUCUCCUGCAGGGAGUUCUGAGAAGGAGGCUGGUGCUGCACAGGUUAUCAUGACCAAGGAAGUGUUGGACAAUGAAACAAAUCCUCUCUCUCCUGCAGGGAGUUCUGAGAAGGAGGCUGGUGCUGCACAGGUUAUCAUGACCAAGGAAGUGUUGGACAAUGAAACAAAUCCUCUCUCUGUGGCAGGGAGUUCUGAGAAAGAGCCUGAUGCUGCACAGAUAAAAGAGACUUACACUUCUUUCUGCAGUAGUGACACGGAUGAAGAGCGUUUGGUGAUUGAUACAGAAUGUGAAACCACUGCUUCUGGCAAACCAGCUGUACCAGCCUCUGUUUCUUGUACCUCAGCAGAGACUCCUGGAUCUCCUCCCCCUUCCCAGUGCCCUACUGACUGCUCAGGUGCCAUGGGUCAGAGGAAAAAAGCCUCCAAGAAACCUCCAAGGAAGUCAUCCAAAGAAUUGGAUCCUGUCGGGCAAAUUUUGAAAAUGCAAACAGAACUUCUCAAGUCCCCUUCGCAGAAAGCUCCUGAGCCAGUGGUGAGCUGUGAUAAUCCUAGUGCUGUGCCAGCCCAGCUGCCUCAGUCUCCAAAAGCACUGGUGACCUCCAGCACAGAACCUGUGCCAGCCCCAGCCUCCAAUCCCAGCAGCUCCUCCAGAAACACCUGGACAUGGCUUUUUGAGGGAGUGCCCAAGAGAAAGCUGCCAAGUGAACUUGAGCUGCUCGAAGAAGACCCUUCAGAGUAUCAAGCACCUGAGGAAGGGAAUGUUGUGUACAAGCUCUUCAGUUUGAAUGAUCUGCUCCUACUCGUGCGGUGCAGCGUGCAGAAAGUCAAGCCACUGCCACAAUACCAGAAAAGGAAAAAAGCCCAAAAGCUGACUCCCAUGUUCCUGCUGCCAAAACUGGAGUACCAAGCGUACUACGGGGUGGAAGCUCUUACGGAAAGUGAGGUGUGCCAGCUGUGGACACAGAGCCUGCUGCACUCUGAGUGCUCCUUUUGUGUUGGACAUAUUGAUGCUUUUACAUCAAAGCUUAUUAUGCUAGAAAAGAUUUCUCCACAAAAUUUACGAGAAAAACUUGGAUUGAUUAAACCUGCAAAUUCAUUAAAUAUACUUCAUCAUGUUUUGAAGAAGGUGUCUGAUUUAGAGGAGGGCUCUUAUUUAUUGACUCACGCUGCCGGGGAUUCAUCGGUUGCGAUUUACAGGAGUUCCCUUGCCAAGAGCACGAGGUCAUGCUAUAACCUGCACAAAGCUCACUGCCACCUGCCUGCUGUGCCUGCCACUCUCUCCGUGCCGUGGGUCCCGCUGGAGCCCAGCCUCCCUCUGCCCUACCACAUCAGCCAUGGAAGAGUUCCCUGCACCUUCCCACCUGCUCCCCAGGAAGGGUGGAGACAGAAGAUGGCUGGGGUGAAAGGACAGUCGGACACACCCCAUGAGGGAAGGCCAGUAGCUAUGGAAACAAAAGGCAAGCCAGCUAAGCCUGUUAGAAAUGAAGGUGUGGCUCCAAAGAAGCUGAGGAAGAAUUUCUGCAAGCAAAGGAAUGUGAAGAAAAAGUGGAAGACUAAAUUCAACAAAAUGCAACUGAAGUAGGAAUAAGCCUGGAGAAGAACAAGAGGACACAAAAAAAUCUGAAGUUUCUUGCAGCUUCAAAGGAGCCAGAACAAGCUGGCAGAGGAAAUGGCUCCAAUAGCUGAAGCAUUCUCUAAACCUUUAACCCUUGGGUACCUCAGGGGACUUGUUUCAAGUGAAAAUCUCAAAAUCAGCCAGAGAAAAAAAAGGAUGUGGCUGCAGCCACUUGGCAGGUUACGGGGAAGAGAGUGUCUUCUGUUGGUCAGUGAAUUUUAUAGAAGAACCAUCCUGAAGUGGCUGACAACAACCUCUAAUACCAUGCAACAAGAAAACAGCUUUCCAUCUUUCCCAGUUCUUCCAGAUUCAGUACAGAUUUUUUCUCACAUAUUUUAAAGAUACAUUUUACUUGGUGCAUUGGGUAUAGGAGAAACAACUUGCAUUUAAUUAUUUACAUUUUUUGACACGGGGUGUCUACUGGCUUUUAAAUAACUCACAAAAAUACAUUUUUCUUUUUAGAAUGGUGUAACAAAUAAAGAACAAAAGCUGUGUUUAUUUGAAUAGUAAGGGCCAUAAAUUUGCAUUGGGAAACUUACAAGUACAGCUAAAUAAGUGAAAUAAUAACAGGAGAGCUGCAUUUCUGCAUGUUUAAGCUGCUAUCACAAAAAAGGUGUUCUUCCAAAUCUGUUGUUUGGACUGAGGAAGUUACCAAGUGCACAAAUCUGAUCAAGCAUUCUUUGCUCACUGGGACUUGAUAGGACAUGUUUUAAUGUCAUGAGGGCAAAAUUUAAAAAAAAAGUUGUUUAUUGGAGCAUACCUUCUAAAAAAUCCUGAAGGUAAGGGAUUUUUUUGAAAUCAGGCUUCAGUGAUGAAUGUAUAUUAAAAACUUCUUUGUGAAAUACAAAGCAUUUUCUGAUGUGGCUUUUUUCCAACUGUUAGAUAUAUUUAUUCAGUUAUUCAGUUCAUUCGUUUUGUGGACCACUGCUUGUUUUAUCUGCGGUAUUAAGCUAUUGACAAGCUGAACUUGUGUUUGCAGUUUACAAAUAGUUCUGAUUCAAAAUCCUAAAUGCCCUUUAGCAACUUCUCAUAAUAGAAAUACUUUAGCUGUGAGUCAUUUUUCCCAGAUAACUGACUUUGUCUGGGGGAUGCAAGGCAGUUUUAAGUUCGUGUAUAUAAAACUUUUUGCCAGACUUGUAUGGAAUUUGGUUUCCCAUUGCAGUUUCAUGCAGUACAAGUGUGUGGUCUGUUUAUGGUCUCUGUGCCUGUUACAUUACACUGAUAUAUCACUAAUUACAGUGCACUGAUUGUACAACUGCAGUGGAGCAGCCUCUGCUGCUGCUGCUUGGCGUUGCUGCAUUGUGGGUGCAGGGUUUCAUAUCUGCUAAGGCUCCUGCAAUUCUUGUUGGCCUGGUUGUGCAGGCUGUCCCAGUCUCUGAAUAGUGGCUCAUCUGUCCUCUCUACCUCCCUCCUCUGCCUCUUGUUUUCAUCUGCAGACUCAGGGAAAAUUGAUUUGGUCACAUUCUCCAGCUGACAUAAAAAUACUGAGCAGUGGCAGACCCAGAGGAGCUCUGCCCAUGACCAGCUCACCUGGUUGAGCCUUGAGCUGCAAACCACUUCCCCAGAACUGGAGAAAAGCCUCUGAGAGGAGGUGUUCAGUGCUGUGUGAGAUCACUGAUGCAGCUCUGGUUCUCCCCAUUCACUGGGGUUCAUUAGGACAUGAAAUUAAUGGCUUUGGAUCGUGUUCAGACAGUUUGAAGUUUAAUUUUGGAGGACUGGAGAUGUUCUGACCUAACAUUGGAGGGGAUUGUUGGCCUGUGUGCAAAACCAUGGAACUUUAUCAGUUCUUUAGGUUAAUGUGAAUGGGUUAUUGGUUGUGAAACCUGACUUUUCAUUCUUUCUGUAGUAAUGACAGUUUUUAAACAUCAUUUGCACUAUGCACUGAUGAACUGCUUCCAUUCUCAUAUGUGACUGGCUAAACCUCUUCACCUUUCUGUCUAACUGCAACACUUUUAGCAAUACAAUAGAAGCUGUCUAUGUAAAAUAUAUUAGGAAAGAUUUGCUGCAUUUUUUCCUUUCU